AUGCCAAGGAUGAGAAACGAUGAGGAGGCCAUGAGUAAACAAGAGAAGCUGGACGCGACAAUGAGCGUAUUUGCGAAGAUACGUCGUACUGAGUCCUUGAAAGACGUCCUACACCCACCUAUCACUCGAACCAAGCCACUGACUUUCACCAACUUGUUUGCUACUUCGAAGGAAGACACAAUGAUGCCGCCUGUUUCCGAAGAAACAACAGCUACUGGUAGCGUACCACCUUCCACUGCUUCAACAUCUAUCACCAAUGCAAGCACCGCUGUUGAGAUACCUGCGAAUCCCCUCUCUGGCCUCGGUGGACCUUCAACAGUCAAGCGCAAGCCAUGUCCCGUCACCACCUCCGGCGCUCUGAGUGCAUUCAACAACGGCGAGCCGCCCAAGUUCGACCCUCACACCCCUCGCUUCAACCCUGGUAUGCACCGUCUGGCCAAGUCUGUCCUGAAGCACCGCUAUACCACAAAAUUCACACUUGAUUUCGAGCCUCCGAAGGGUGUCAGCCGUCAUGAGUAUGAUUUUAUCUGGGUUACGCCUGAGGAGUUGGAGAGGAAAGUCAUGGAGGACAUUGUUUGGGUUCGAGAGAGAUAUGCACAGGCUGGUAGGGAUGAGCCAGACUGCAAUGAUAUCAUCUUCUGGUACACUGAGGAGGAUAUCUAUUGA